AUGACUUCCUCGUUCGCGCCCCUCGAUGCGCCGAACUUCAAGAGCGGAGAUGACAAGAAGAGGGUUGCAUAUUUCUACGAUUCUGAUGUUGGAAACUACGCAUACGUUGCUGGCCAUCCUAUGAAGCCGCACAGAAUCAGGUUGGCGCACAGCUUGAUCAUGAACUACGGCACUUACAAGCACAUGGAAAUCUACCGAGCGAAACCUGCUACUCGACAUGAGAUGACCCAAUUCCACACCGACGAGUACAUCGAUUUCCUCCAAAAGGUUACUCCGGACAAUAUGGACACCUUCUCCAAGGAGCAAGGAAAGUACAAUGUUGGUGAUGAUUGUCCUGUCUUCGACGGUCUCUUCGAGUUCUGCGGUAUUAGUGCUGGUGGUAGUAUGGAAGGUGCUGCGCGUCUCAAUCGUGGCAAGUGUGAUAUUGCGAUCAAUUGGGCUGGUGGUCUCCAUCACGCAAAGAAGAGCGAGGCGAGCGGUUUCUGCUAUGUUAACGAUAUCGUUCUGGGCAUCAUUGAGCUUUUACGAUUCAAGAAGCGAGUCCUCUACAUUGACAUCGACGUCCAUCACGGUGAUGGUGUUGAGGAGGCUUUCUACACCACCGAUCGUGUCAUGACAGUCUCCUUCCACAAGUAUGGCGAGUACUUCCCAGGAACUGGUGAACUUCGCGACAUUGGUGUUGGCCAAGGCAAGAACUACGCCGUCAAUUUCCCACUCCGCGAUGGCAUUGAUGACACCACCUACAAGUCCAUCUUCGAGCCAGUCAUCAAGGCCGUCAUGGAUUACUACCAGCCAGAGGCUGUCGUCCUUCAAUGUGGUGGUGACAGCUUGUCUGGCGAUCGCCUUGGAUGCUUCAACCUUAGCAUGAGAGGCCAUGCCAAUUGCGUGAAGUUCGUCAAGAGCUUCAACCUCCCUACCCUUGUCCUUGGCGGUGGUGGAUAUACCAUGCGCAACGUAGCUCGUACCUGGGCUUACGAAACCGGCAUACUCGUUGGUGAGGAACUCGACUCAACCCUACCAUACAACGAGUACUACGAGUACUAUGGCCCUGAUUAUGAGCUGGAUGUCCGUGCCUCAAAUAUGGACAACGCCAACUCAAAGGACUACCUGGAGAAGAUCAAGAUCCAAGUCAUUGAGAAUCUCAAGGAAACAGCCCAUGCUCCUUCAGUUCAAAUGACCGAUGUCCCUCGCACCACCAUGACUGGAGGCGUCGACGAGGACGAGGACAUCCUUGAUGACAUGGAUGAGGACGAGAAUAUCGAUACGCGAUCUUCGAAGCGACGCAACGAUCAGCGUAUCGCUCGAGAUGACGAGCUUGAUGAGAGUGAAGAUGAAGAGGAGAAUUACAAGAAUGGUGUUCGCCCACAAGAUGGUGCAAGCAAGCGACGAAAUAUUAUGGACUAUCAGAACGAGAACACUGCUGCUUCCGACGUUGACAUGGACAGUGGCGUCGUCACACCCGCUCCCCCAACGCCUCCAUCACCUCCAGUGGCACAACUACCUACCACGCUCUCUGCCGAAGUAGGAUCCAAUGCACCAUCACGAGCCGACACACCUAAACCUGUCGUUGAUACCGAAGGAGAUAUCGACAUGACUGAUGGUCCAGCUGAACCUGUCAAAUCACCUGCCGCUCCAUCACCAGCUCCAGCUACAGUCCCGACUGUGGAGACCGUUGCCAAGCCCGCUGAACCAGAGCCAGCCCAAGUCAAACAGGAAGGAGAGACUGAGCCUGCCGAAGCCGAGAUUCCAGCGGAUGAGCCGCCAAAGCCCAGCGAGGCGCCAGAGUCGGUCGCAGAAGCGGUUACAGAGGCGAAUGCUGAGGUCAAUGCCGAGAUCAUGGAACGAAAAGCCAGCGUUGCGGAGGCUGAACCAUGA